AUGCAGAAGCGCUUUCUCCCCUCCACCACCUACCUCCUCAUCCCUGUCCUGCCACCGCGUGUCAUCCCGCUCCCUCCCUCCAACCCCCUUUCUCCCCUCGCGCACCCCUCUCCCUUCCCCCUUCCGCGCCACCCUCCCACCCCCCCCUUCUCCCCCCUUUUUCCCUCGUCCCCCCUUGGUGCGCGCAGCCAUGGAGCUGGCGGUGGAGCAUCUAACGCCCCCUGCGUCUCCCACGCCAUGGAGCUAGCGGUGGAGCAUCUCACGCCCCCCGCCUCCCCCGCGCCGCUGGCGCUUGACUUUGCCAACGCCAGCGCUGCUGACGCCUUCCAGGCCGAGGCUGCCGCGUUGGAUCUGCUACUGGGGACGCCACCCCCCUCGGUGCUGCUGGGCCCAUCCACGUCCCUGCAGACCUCCGUUGUGGGCCCCAUCGCCUCCGUCAUGCAGGUGCCGAUGCUAGCGUAUGCUGCAACGGACCCGCUGCUGAACGCGAACGCGCAGCUGCCCUACUUUGUGCGCGUGCACUACGAUGACUAUGCCCAGAUGGCCGUCGUUGCUGAUCUGGUGGGGUUCUACAACUGGACGCAAGUGGUGGCGCUCUUUGAGAGCACUGACAGCGCAUGGAACGGCUUCCAGUCCCUCACUCGCCUGCUGCAACAGCGGGGCACGGCACGGGUGGUGGCGUCGUGGCAGUUUGACAGCGCAGUGAGCGCGGAGACGGACGUGAUGGCAGCAUUCCUGCAGGUGCGGGCAGUGGAGGCGUCGGUGUUCGUGCUGCACCUGCACAGCCCCACCACCAUCCGUAUCGUUCUAAAGACAGCGGCGCAGCUGGGGCUGUUCACGGCGGGGUACGUGUGGAUCGCCACUGCGGGCGUCAUGUCUGUUCUCUCCACUGACCGCGCUCUCUCCCCCAUCCUCGUCGGCUGUGAGGGCAUGCUGGGCACGCUACCGUUUGACGUGCCCACAGCACGACUGGCGGACGUGCAGCAGGCCAUCAAGGCCAGGGCCAACACAGCGCUCGCCACCCUACAGUCCCCAGACGAGGCACUGCGGCAGGCCAUAUCAGCCUAUGACGCCGUGCAUCUCGCUGCCUAUGCCGCAGUUGCUCUCUCCCGCGCCCCCCCGCCCCCUCCCGCGCCCUCUCCUCCCCCUGGUGCUGCGCCCUCGCCCCCUCCCAGCCCCGUGGCUGGCACCAACCCCAGCUUCCAGCAGCUGGAGGUGCAUAAAGGUUACUUUCAGCAGCUGCAGGUGCGUGCAGGUGCCUCGUGGGUUAAGGGUGUGGUGCGUGCUUAUGACUCGACUCAAAAGUCAUUCAGGCGGGGAUGCAUUGCUGGCCUCCAUCCUCAAGAGCAACAUGACAGGACUCCUGGGAGAGGUGUCAUUCACGACAGGGGGCGACCUACAGGAGCAGUUCUUCUUCCGUUGAGCCGCCUCACAAACAAUCCAUCCCUUCCUUCUCUCCCCUUCCCCAACCCCACCCCCACCAGGGUGUCAUUCACGACAGGCGGCGACCUACAGGAGCAGUUCUUCCGACCGUUCCUCUCCUCCAUCCAGAUGGUGGACCGGCUGGAAGCCAGGGGCCUCACCACUCGCGCUGCUGCUGCGAAGGCAGUGGGGGUGUCAGCAGCGGCAGCAGCAGCGUCGCAGGGUGUGGUGGCGGAUGCAGAUGCGUCCCUGCGUGCAGUCAUAUGGCCGGGAGGCAUCACAGAGGUACCUCUGGGAGCGUUCCCCAAGUCCUCUGCCCCUCUCCAGAUCGCCGUGCCAAACAAAAAGGUGCACCACGAGUUUGUGUUUGUGGGGGAGAGCAGCAACGGCACGUCGUCCAGCAACGACAAGUUCUCGGGCUUCUGUAUCGACGUCUUCAAGUCUGCUGUCGCGCUGCUGCCCUACACGCUCUCCUACCAGUUUGUCGCGUACGGCGACGGCCAGACCCCGCCCAGUUACGAUGCCAUGCUCUCUGCAGUCGCAAAUAAGACGUACGAUGCCGCGGUGGGGGACAUCACAAUCACAUCCGACCGAGCCCUGCUCGUGGACUUCACACAGCCCUUCGAGCGGGCGGCGCCCAACACGUGGGCGUUCCUGGCGCCGUUCACCCCUCUGCCUCUCACCACUCCCUCUCCCCCCCGCAUCCUGCAGUCAUCUGGCCUGUCCUUCGUGGUGCCAGUGCAGCGGGCGGCGCCCAACACGUGGGCGUUCCUGGCGCCGUUCACCCCUCUGCCUCUCACCACUCCCUCUUCCCUCUCCUUAGAAGCUUCCCGGUUCUCCAUCCUCUCAUCCCCUUCCCUCACCCCCCCUGUUUCCCCUCCCCCGACCCACCCCCCACACUCGCCCACCCAUACUGCACCCCCGCCUCUCAUCCUGCAGUCAUCUGGCCUAUCCUUUGUGGUGCCGGUGCAGCGCGCCGCACCCAACACGUGGGCGUUCCUGGCACCGUUCACCCCGGGCAUGUGGGUGCUGCUGUACGUGUCCUUCUUCUACACUGCGCUCGUCGUCUGGUUCCUCGAGCACCUGCAGAACGAAGACUUUGGCGGCAAGCUGCACCAGCAGCUCGCCACCAGCGUCUGGUUCUCCUUUGCCACCAUGACCUUCUCUCAUGAGGAGCAAGUGCGCACGACGCUGGGUCGCACAGUGGUGAUCGUGUGGCUCUUCGUGGUCUUUGUCAUCUCCUCUGCCUACACUGCUAGUCUCUCCUCUGUUCUCACCGUCAGCCAGUCCGAGCCCACCGUCUCCGACUUCACAGCGCUGCAGCAGGGCAACCAGACCGUGGGAUACAGGGCGGGCUCCUUCACAGCGGCGUACAUGCAGGGCGUGGGCAUCAACGAGGUCAGCUGCUGCUGCCUCCCACUCUCUCCCUCUCCUCUCUGCCUUGACACGCUGAUGCUCCUCGCUGUGCCCGUGCACCUAAGAAGCCGACCCAUCAUCUCCCUUCCCUUCUCCCCCUCCUUCCCCAUCCCCCUAUCUUUUUGCCAUCCUUCCCCCGCCCUUCCCUCCCACCUACCCCCUUCCCAGUCGCGCCUAGUGGCCAUAGACCCGGAGGGGGACUGGGAAGCGGUGGUGCAGGAGCAGCAGGUGGCGGUGGUGGUGGACGAGGAGCCCUACCUCGACAUAUUCCUCUCCGACCACUGCUACUACACCAAGCCGCCUCACGCCUUUGCCACCUUCAACUUUGGCUUCGCGUUCCAGAGGGGGUCGUCUCUGACAGCGGACCUGUCUCUGGCGAUAGAGACCCUGGCACAGAACGGCCAGCUGCAGUCUCUGCAUGACCUGUGGCUCCGGGGCAAGGGCACGUGCAGUUCAGGGCUGGAGCUGGAGUCGAUGCGCCUGGGCCCGGACUCCUUCUGGGGGCUCUUCCUGCUCUACUUACUCUCUGCUAUGGGCACCUGCCUGCUCUACGCCGCUCUCCUCGUGUACCGUGGCCUCAAGGCCUUCCGGCUAGCGCAGCAGCAGGCAGCCGCAGAGAGGGCAGCGGCAGCAGAGCAAGAAGGGCAGGAGGGGGAAGCCCCGUACGCUGUGGGAGUGACGCCAGUCCGUGCUCCUGUCAGCAAGCCCAGGCGCCUCAAGAGCCGCGUUCGCCACUACAAGAGUGCUUACACUGCGGGAGUGGAGUGGAGCAUGCAGCGCAACAUCGGGGUGUCCUCCUCCACACUCCACGGGUCCGACAGCAACCCCUCUAUGCACUACGAUGUCUCUCACAUCACCUACUCCUCCACCACCCCCACCGGGGACGGCCUUGCCACCGACCCUGCCGCUGCUGAUGGCGCUGCUGCUGCCGCUGCCGCAGGUGCUGGUGGUGGUGAUUCUGAUGGGUCGGACGAUGGUCGUGGGGAACGAGAGGCGGGCGAGAAGGGUUCGGCGGGGCUUGGGGAUUCAUUGGAUGAGCAACUGAGGGAGCUGAGGCAGAGCCAGUUCACUCGCAGCGGGUCGACUUUGUAA